AUGGCCCCUUCAAAGUCCGCGCUGGCGCUCACCGUCGCCGGCCUGCUCGCGUGUGCGGGGAUGGGCGCCUACGGGACCUUCGGCGCCGGCUUCAACAACGGGCUCUUCGCCGCCAUCGAGAACUCAGUCGGCCACGCCCAGCCCGACCCGUACUUUAUCUCCGGGCCCAAGCCCUACCGGCUGGUCUACACCGGGUUCGAACCCUUCGACCGGCAGCUCCGGACGCUCAUCUCCUUCUUCGUCCUGCUCAUCGACGGGCCCAAGACCGGGGACGUCGUGCUCGUGUACUGGUACCUCAUGGCCCAGUUCUGCGCCGGCUGGAGCCUCCUGUUCCUCGAGGGCAUGCGCAGGGGCAACGCCGACAGGGCCGUCAGCUGGACGGGCGUCAUGGGCCUCAUCUUCCAAAACAUCACCUACACCAUCACCGUGCCGCUCUACCUCGUCCUGCACCUCUUCACCUCGCCCCUCGUCGCCGUCGGGCCCGCGACCUCGGACCUGGCCGCCGUCGACGCCAUCGACUCGAUGACCUUUCCCAUCACCAGCCUCGCGGCCUUCUGGGGCCCCGCCGUGCUCAUGGCCCUGCCGUCGCCCUCGGCCCGCGUCUCGGCCGCGAUGCACUACUCGUGGAACGCGCUGUGGCAGGCCUUCCCCGCCACGCAGGGCCUCUACCGCGGCGUCCUCAAGCUCGCCAUCCCGCAGGCCCACGACGCCGGCAUCCCGCAGUCCCGCCGGCUCAACCGCCAGGCCCUGGGCUACGUCUACGGCUUCGUCGCGCUGCUCGCCGCCGCCAGCCACCUGGGCCUGCUGGCCGCGGCCCUGGCGCCGGCCUCGCUCGUCCCGGCCGAGUACGGGGCCCUCGUCGCCGAGGUCGACCUGCUCAGCGCCUUCGUGCCGCGCUGGCCCGGCAGCCCGCCCGCCGUGGCCGACGUCGGCGCCGGCGCGCGCAUCACCGGCGCGGGCCUGCCGGAGCUGGUCAAGCUCUUCCUCCAGUGGGACAUCUACUGCGGCGGCGCGGCGAUCCUGAUCUGGGCCGUGUACCUGCACGGCGCGGCCGUCCCCGGCCGGAGCCUGGCCGGCCUGCUGCCCAAGGUCGCGGUCUGGACGCUGCUGGGUGGGUUCCCUGCUGCUGCGACUGUUCUGCUGUGGGAGCGCGACUGGGCUGUGUUUGCCGAGGAAAAGGGCAAGAAGACGCAGUGA